UGUUUAGAUAACACAGUGGAAUUCAAUCUACAGCCAACGUGAGCGCGAUCUAGAAACUCGCCACAUACAUUUGUAUACCAACAUGAAUGGCCAGGUUUUCUAUUUCCUUGGAUGCUCGAUUCUAAUAGCUGUGCUACUGAGGAAAACCCAUGCAUAUGAUCAUUCGUGUGUGGACAACAACUCCAACUGCAACCACUGGGCUAGAGAGGGCUACUGUAGUACCUCUCAUGACGUUCGGAACACUUGUCGUUUUUCUUGUAGAAGAUGUUCCUCAUCAAGUGGUUCUUCCACAACGACUUUCUCUGAGUCAUCCGAGUGUUUACACGACUCCAACUAUAACCAUUUGAAAAGCCUUAUUGGAGACAGCUGUUCACCAAUGGAUGAUCAAUGGUACUACCUCUACCAUCUGACGACAUCAAACCAUCCUCACUGCGCCCGCGACGCUGCCAAAUAUCUUCGAGAUUACUAUCAAGCCCAUCCUGCGGGUUCAAACUGUGUGUGUUCCUCCUCCAACACUGUACUUACUCAUACUGAGCACACUGAUAAGGUAACGCAUUGCAGAGGCACAGAUGAUAACUAUUUAGAUAUCUACGGCACAACCUUCUAUCCAAGUAAAUCGUCAACUGAUGCACGGAUGUGCACCCGUCAUGUUGAAGAAUGGGGAAAGUUGGCAGCAAUAUCAGAAAGCAGUUGCUUCAAUGAUUUGGUGGAACAAUUUCAUGACAAAUUCUUUUCACACAACCCUGACAGAAGAUGUACAUGCGAAAAAACAAACGGCGGAAGCGGUGGAGGGACAUCUCACCACACCACACAUUCGUGUUUGCAGUAUUCCGCGUACCAAGACCUUAACGCGAUGAUUGAACAUGACACCUGCAUGAGUCAUUACGAAGUUUGGGGCUAUCUCAAUAAUCUGUCUGGUCACAGCACUUCGUGUCGGAUAGCAAUUAUCGACAAAUUAAAUAACGCAUACGGACAUUUUUCACACACACCGUCAAACUGUACCUGUAGUACACAUUUUGAUCCCCUUAAAUUGUACAACGAUCCGCAUGGAUCCUUGCCACACUGUAUGCACAAUGGAAAUUACAAUUCCCUUGUUUCACAUCUGGCUGACUCAAGCCAUCAAGUGUGCUCCUCACAUCAUACUGUGUGGAAAGGCCUGGCACAAAUCCCUCAUUACACUAACAGCAACUAUGCCCUGUGUCAAAAAGAUGCUAUCUCACAUUUAGCAGUUUCAGUUUCUCAUGCCACGCACAAAUGCAGUUGCUCUCCAGUCAGCGUCAGUGUCGCAACAUCAACAAUACCAACAACACUACCACCAUCUUCCGUGGCUACUGUGCCCGAUGUCAAAAUGUGCAGCCCCCUUUCCUUGACGGUUGGGCUGGCAUAUGGCGCAAUCGUAAAGGAAGGUAAUUUUACGUGCAGUGAUGGAAGCCACGCCCUCUCUGAAGCUGCGCCAAUGAAAUUGUGUAACGCUACUGAUUCGUCUAACUGGAUCAAAGGUCAACAGGUGAUACCCAAUUGUGACAGUAUACCUAAAUACUCAGCCAUCGCGUCCUUUGCCGGCCCUGUGUACACUCAUGAUGGUCUAGCCGGCGUGUUCCUCGGAUGCAACGGUACUCAUAUGACUAUAGCCUCUGAGGACUGUACCCAUGGUCUGUCUCUGUUUUAUAUUCCCGUGGACAGUAGAGAUAGUUACAUCCAUUCCGCCCGUAAUUAUUACACUUUAAAGUGGUAACUGGAUCUGUGAUGGACUAGUUACUUCCCUCAAGACUUGGUUGCCUCCCUUAUUAUACCGUCUGAAUGUUAUCAACUGAUUUAAUCAGUUAUAUUUAUUAUUAGAUUAAAUUUUUAUUGCAUCUGUA